CUUUAUUUAACCAUGCGACGCCUAGGAGAGCAAGCGCUCGUUAAAACGUGUGCGUGAACUCAAAAUUGUUUAAAAAAAGAAAAAGAAAUAGGAUUAUACAAUCUAUGUAAAUAUGUAAUAUGUAAUAGAUGCCUAAAAAUAGUUAUGUACAAACAUAAUAAGAAAUGAGUUAUUUAAACUUAAAAUAAUUGCCUAGUAAUCGUUUAAAAGUUAAAAGAUCGUUAGCUUUCCUUACAAAUGGAGGUAUUGAGUUCCAAAUCUUGGCGGCUAUAAAGGAAAAGGACUUAUGCCGCCAUUCCAAAUUGCAUCUAGGCAAAUCCAAAAUUGUACCGGACUCCCUUAGGUUAGGGAACUUUGAACGUCUAAGCAUUUGCAGAUGUAAAUACAUAGAUAGCACAUUCUCUUCAGUUAUUCUAAGACCCUGAGUGUUGGUCUAGUCUAGGGCUCGAACCCUCAACCUCCCAUACAGCCGUCUGGCGCUCUACCUGCUGGGCUAGGCUUGUAGUUGACUGAUUCUGAAAUAACGUGAAGAAUCUGCAAUAUUAUUUCUUAGGGUGGGGAGACGUUCUACUUGUCACUUGCUGAUGCUUAUGUUAUCCACGAUUUCCAAGUACAGUUUGGUCCCUCGACAAUUCCAGUGGAAAGAUGCGGCGACAAAGAUUUCAAGGGGAAAGUUCCAUCAAAUUCUAAGGCAGGUGUAGUGCAAGUUUAUCUGGUGAACUACCGGCUAGAGAAAAUAAGCAAUUCCAAACCCUUUGAGUACAUCGACCCAGAAAAAGCAAAAGAGGACUUUGUGGAAAAAGACAUCAACAGCUCGGAGGAUUUUGAAACAAUGCUAUUCCUACUAUCUAGAAAAGUGAGCAAAAUAAACUUAAAUUCAAACGAGACAAAAGAUUCACAAGGGACCAAUCAACCUGGAGGUGGCAAGGCCCAGGCGCUGUCCUUACUUUACAUAAUUGUGAACACUGCGGCAAUGUUAAAUGCCGUAGAUUUCUUCAGGAUAAUCUUUAGUACCCAAGUUGGUCACAGUGUGUUUAAGAGCUGUAAAGAUGCACAAACGCCAUUGGAGGAGAUUGCAAGAGGACAUGGACACGAGGAACUAGCUCGCCUGUUAGAACAAAAACAUUCGAUGUAUCAAGGUGAUGAAAAUGAAAGCGAUGACGAAGUAGAUUGGAAGGAACUUUCCAGAGCAAUAGAGCAAUACCAAACACUGAGAGGCGAGACUGCUGAGAAAAAGAGCAUCCCGAGUACAAGUUCUUUUGAAAAAAUACAAGGCUAUUUAGGAGAUGGAGAAAGUUCCACGUCACUUUCAUCUUUACACUUUUUAAAUGUUGAAGAUACGUUUGAAGAUCAACAGACAACUCCGGAAUCAAUGAGCGGAGAGGAACCCGAUACCUGUCAAACAACAGCUGCUGAAGGUGGCCCCGAAAAUACACUUGAAGAGCAGCAGACAACUCCGAAAUCAAAAUAUGAAGAGAAACCCGACACCAGUCAAACCCGCGGGAGGAUUGCCAGUAGUUUAAAUCAAGAUGGGAUGUCUGACACAGAUAUUAUCGACACGAUAUCGUCUUCUGGCCAGCUCCGAAUGAACAAAGCUCACAAGAUAAAAGAAAGCCAAUCUUCAAUUGGAGAGAAGAAAGUACUUGCAAAUUUACAUUUAAAUCCGCUAUAUUUGGCUGGUAGUGAUCCCAUAAUCAUGAGAACCAUUCAAAUGGAUACGUUCUCGCCAAACGAAGUAUUAAGUUUAAGAAGAAAGCUGGGGCCCUUUGAUGCUGGUAAGACGAACCCUUGUGCGUUUUACCCGGAUAGAGAUCAAGCCAUUUACAACCUUAUGGAGGGAUUGGAUAUAGAUUUCAUAGAGGAACCUAUACAGG